AUGUCAGAUACAAGACUUCCUCAGCACAUCAAGCCUACUUAUUAUGCUAUCUCAUUAGACUAGUACUUUUUAACUAGCUUUAUGAGAGAGCAAUACUAUACUGGAACAGAAACAGUCACCAUUCUUAUAGAAGCUCCAUCAAAAAUAUUUUGCAUGCAUUCAGACAGCCCUUUAGUUAUUACAGAUAUUGCUAUAGUCUAUCCAAUGAAGUCUGGUUUAUCGUAUUUCCCAACAAAUAAUGAUAAAAUGUGCAUUGAACUCCCUACAGAGAUUGAAGGUGAAAUUAAAAUUAAAAUUGAUUUUGAAGUCAAGAUGGAUUUCGUGAUAAAAGGAAGCUACGUAUGCUCAAGCACAAAUAGAACUCUUAUGGCUACUACUCAUUUCGAGCCUAUCUAUGCCAGAAAAGCUUUUCCAUGCUUUGAUGAGCCAAUAAUGAAAGCCAGAUUUCAAUUAAACGUCACAGCAGAUGAUGAUUUUUUUGUAAUUUCUAAUAUGAACUAUACAGAAAAAAAUGCUUUAGGUAGCAAAACAGCUUAUAAAUUCGAAGAAACACCAUUGAUGUCUUGCUACCUCUUGCAUUGGACUAUAUGCAAGCACAACCAAAUAUCUAUUGUUGCUGACUGUGGGGUAAAAAUUAGUUUAUAUGCCGAAAACAUUGAUUUUUCGCACGAUUUUCUUGAGCUUGCCAAAUCUUCCCUUGAUUUUUACAAUAAUUAUUUUGGGAUUUCAUACCCGCUACAGAAACUUGACCUUAUUUCAGUUUUCAGUAAUUUUAAUAUAGAACUAAAAUAUCGAGCUAUGGAAAACUGGGGAUCUAUAACAUUUGCAGAUUAUUGUAUAGAAAGACUCCCAAAUGAAGACCUUCAGCUUUUCCCAAGAAACUGCCGUACUCUUUGUCAUGAAAUAUCCCACAUGUGAUUUGGGAACCUCGUUACUAUGGAAUGAUGGACACAUUUGUGGUUAAAUGAAGGGUUUGCGAGAUUUAUUGAAUAUAAAUGUCUGAAUAGUUUGAAGCCAAAAUUUAAAAUUUGACUGAAAUUUCUUAUAGAUGUAUGGAAUAUUGCUAUGCUUAAGGACGUACAGAAAAAUACCCACUCAAUUGAAGUGGAGUGCGAUGAUCCGAAUAGAAUUGAAGAAAUCUUUGAUGCAAUUAGCUAUGCAAAAGGAGCUUCUGUACUAAGGAUGCUAGAAGAUUUUAUAGGAGAAGAACAAUUUUUAAAUGGGAUUAGGAAGUAUUUAAAUGUGUAUAAAUGGAAAAAUACGACAACAGACAUGCUUUGGGAUGUUUUAGCUGAAUUUUCUUUUCCAGAACUCGGAGAAAUAAUGCAAUGCUGGACGAGACAAGCAGGGUUUCCUCUGAUUACAGUAAAAAAAAUUGAUGAUUUAGAGUAUAAAUUAACUCAAUAUUCUUCUUUAGCCCAAAAUAGUCCUCUUUUGUGGCAUGUUCCUAUUAAGUUUAUUACAGACGACCUGAGUGUUCACUAUGUGCUAUUCAAAGAUAAGUCUGCAAAUAUUAAAUUAGAAAAGCCAAGUAAAUGGAUAAAGCUAAAUUUCAAAACCAUGGGUUUCUAUCGGUCAAUUUACUCUGACGAAAUAUUUGAUGAAAUAAUAAAAUCAAUAAAACUCUUAAGUGCUGAAGAUAGAUAUGGACUUUUGAGUGAUUGCAUUCAGGUUUAUACGUCAACUAAAUCUAGAUUUGCUUGCUUACUCCUCCUUCCGUGAGUGAACAAAACCAUUGGAAAAAUCUUUAUAUUUUUGGGUAAAAACCCAUCUUCUGUGAUUGAACAAAAAUAUUUUUAAUAGAAAAAUUUUUGAUAUAUAUUAUUAGUAUAAUGAAAUCUCGAGCUAAUUUUGCUUAAUUUUAAUAGCUUGCACUUUAAAACAUAAAUUUUGCAAAUUAAAUAAAUAUUUGCUUUCAAAAUUUUGCGAAUUGGGAUUUUUUAAAUUUUGUAAAAAACAAAAUUAACCCUUCUAUAAUCAAACAAAAAUUUUUAUUCACUCACGGAGGGGUGAAGUUAGCAGAUUUAAUUGUUUCUAUGAUUCCAGAAUAUGAAUAUAUUAUUAUCAAAUAUACCAGUGAAGUAACUAAACUUUUAUGGGAGAAUAAAUAUUUAAAACAAAUCUCACAUAAACUGUCUCAAUUUUUUACCCGGAUAUAUAGACCUUUUUGGGAUGAAUAUAAAUUAGAUCGGAUAGAAGAUUAUUAUGAUUUUGGAUCAGCGAGGCUUAUUUGCUAUACAAAUUUAGUUGAAAAAUGUAAAGAUAGAGAAGUUGCGUGGAAUUUAAUAGAAGCAAAAGAAAAUGGAAGCUUAAGUGCUGAGCUAGAGCCAUGCUAUUUUUAUAGUAAACUUUUAUGUGCUUCUAAUGAAGAGCUUUAUAAUUUAUCGGUAGAGAACAUAAUUUUUGCAUGUUUUAUAAUAGAAAAUAGUGAAGAUUCAGAACUAAUCAAAGACGUAUUGCAUUUUUAUAGGCUUUUUGAUACUCCAGAAGCUUUGAUAAUUAAAAAAAUCAUUUAUGAUAGCAAAGAGUCAUUAAACUCAACAUUUUUAUUGUCAGCGAUGAUAAAAGAAAUUCAGAUAGCUCAGGAAACUAUUUAUAUCAACACUCUUGCAACUUUAAUUGAGCAUUUUAUAACAAAUUAUUGGCGCUUUGAUGGAACUUUCAUUAAACAAGAACUUGAAGAUGCCUCUGACGAUUUAUGUGAAACAAAACCAGCCAUUUCAAACUUUCUUUGCUCCAUGGCUGAAUCUGUCGAGAUAACAGAAGAAUUUUCUCCAAGUCCCACAUAUAAUGAAAUUCUUCUAUAUUUCGCUAACUAA